CGAUCGAGCUAACCAGAAAAAUCACAGCGAAAUUACUGAACUAUGAGUGCGGAGCUGAAGAGGGACUACGAGAUCGGUGAGGAGAUCGGUCGCGGCCGCUUCGGCGUGGUCCACCGCUGCACGUCGCGCGCCACCGGCGAGGCCUUUGCCGUCAAGUCCGUGGACCGGUCGGGGCUCGCCGACGACCUCGACCGCGAGCUCGCGGAGCUGGAGCCCAAGCUGGCGCAGCUCGCCGGCGCGGAAAACCCGGGCGUGGUGCAGUUGCACGCGGUGUACGAGGACGAGACGUGGAUGCACAUGGUGAUGGACCUGUGCUCGGGGCCGGACCUGCUCGACUGGAUCCGCCUACGCCGCGGCGCGCCCGUGCCGGAGCCCGUCGCCGCGGCCGUCGUCGAGCAGCUCGCCCAGGCGCUCGCACUCUGCCACCGCCGAGGGGUGGCCCACCGCGACGUCAAGCCCGACAACGUCCUCCUUGACGACGACGAGGUCGAGGAAGGCGAGGCGCCGCGCGCGCGGCUGGCGGACUUCGGGUCCGCGGCGUGGGUCGGCGCGGGGGGGCUGGGCCGAGCGGAGGGGCUUGUGGGGACGCCCCACUACGUAGCACCCGAGGUGGUGGCCGGCGAUGAGUACGGGGCGAAGGCAGACGUGUGGAGCGCCGGGGUGGUGAUGUACGUGCUGCUCUCCGGCGGAGCGCACCCCUUCGGCGGCGAGACGGCGGCGGAGGUGCUGGCGGCCGUGAUGCGGGGCAGCGUGCGGUUCCCGCCGAGGCUUUUCUCAGGCGUGUCCCCGGCGGCCAAGGACCUCAUGAGGCGCAUGAUGUGCCGCGACGCCUGGAGGAGAUUCUCCGCGGAGCAAGUACUCGGUCACCCGUGGAUCGUGAGCGGAGGAGGAUCCCGUUCGAUGGAGCAGCCAACCUGAAAACGAACCAGAGCAGAGGCAGACUAGUAGACCAUGGCGGGAGUGUAUUGCCGUAGAUAUACGGUGAUGAAUACCGACGUUGUGUAUACUGUUUAUGUAUGUACGAUGACGCGAGUACGCGACGGACCAGAGGCAGAGAGACUGUACGUAGUGUACGCUGGUCCCUGUCUUGGAUAGUAUCGCAGCAGAGCAAUCGACAAAGAAGCUCUUAGGCUUCUGUUUUGUACCCAGUUUUUGGGAAGCUCGUUCUCUAGAGAGCUCCCUUUCGGCUUCUUUUUUGCUGUACUACUAGCUGGUUGUAUAUACACUACUGACCAUCUUGUACAAAUGGAGUUGAAUAAAUAAAUAAAUCCGGCCUUGUGCUUUACUCUUUCAA